AUGGCAGAAGUACAAGAGGUGAGCACAUCAACCCCAGAAGAUCUUUUAGCUUCAGGUAGACGUCAUCUUGCCGUGAGAGAUUAUAAUGCAGCUACAGAAGCCUUAGCUAAAGCUUGCGAGCUAUUAGCAAAGGCUCAUGGAGAUAUGGCAGAUGAAUGUGCUGAGGCUUAUUUGUGGUAUGGAAAGGCUUUGUUGGGGCUAUCAAGGGAAGAAAGUGGUGUUCUUGGUGAAGCUGUGCCUGGUGAUAAUAAUGAAGAUGAGGAUGACAAUGAAGAGGAGAAUGGCGAAAAUGCAGAAGUAAAGACUGAAGAAGAAAAAGAAAAUGGAGAGAAAGAAGCUCCAAAGGAAGAAGUAGAAAAGACUGAGGCAGAGUCCACAACAAAAGAUGACGAGCCAGGUCCUAGUGUUGCCGAAAGUUCUGAAGAAAAACCGGGAACAUCGAAUGGUGAAACAAAUGAUGCAGAUGAGUCCACAGUGAAUAUGGAUGUAGAGGAUGAUGUAGACAACUUACAACUUGCCUGGGAAAUGCUCGAAUUAUCACGCAACAUACUCCAAAAGCGAGCAGAGAGCGGUGCGGAGGCAGCCAGGGCUUUGCUGGCUGAUGUGCAUCUGGCGCUCGGUGAAGUUGCUUUGGAAAGCGAGACAUAUGAUAAGGCGGUAGUUGAUAUGGUCAGCUGUUUGGACAUCCAAAAGGAGUUAUACAAGAGUGAUGACAGGCGCAUUGCUGAAACUCACUACCAAAUUGGUCUCGCCAAUUCCUUAGCAUCCAACUUCGAGGACGCCAUAACGCACUUUAAAAAUGCAGCGAAUAUUCUAGAAUCUCGCAUCAAAACCUUAGAGAAUCCUAUCUCUGUGGCAGAAGAUCCUACCGUCAAGAAGUAUACAACUGCCGACCCAUACUACACCGUCGAAGGAGAAUUGAAAGAACUUAAGGAACUGUUGCCGGAGAUUCAAGAGAAAAUACAAGACAUGAUGGAUUAUAAGACGGAGAUGAUAAAAAGGGUGCGUGAAACCCUCUGCCCUUCAAACGGCGAAGGUUCACAAGCUACGUCCAGUACAACGAAAACCGAAUCUAAACCAGCUGCCGACAUAUCGCAUCUGAUCAGAAGGAAGAGAAAGAACAGUGAUGAAGAGGCCCCGGCAUCGAAGAGGGUUAACACG